AGUCAGCUUCGGGUCGAGACCAUGUUUACACGGUGCCAUUCGAAAGGACUGAUUGCUCUAUCGAAUGGAUUUAAGGCUACAUCCGAUCACAACAAUAAUAAGAGGAUUACCGUAGUACAGCAAUAACUGCUCGUAUUGAAUUUGUAAUGCGGAGGUUUAACAAUAUACUUAUAAUUUAAAUCGUAUAUUCUUUUAUCAUUGUUUUAAAGUUAUUUUUAUUCGCGUUGGUUAUAAAAGUAUUGAUAUGGAAUUAUAAUAAUACAUGAAAUAAAUAUAUAAUAAUCAAUAUUUUGGUAUGCAUUAUCUGCGGACUUUAGACGUAAAAAAUACACAAUUGGUUGGCAUUGGACGAUAUUUUUGACAGCGGCAUUAUCUUGAGUACGUUUCGUUAAUUAGCUUCGAUAAAACUUGUGUAACUUGUAUAUUACUGUAUCACUAUGUGACAGCUCAAAAUAUACUAUGAAAUAUUUUUAAUGAAACAACAACUAAUCGCAGAGCAAAUAACCAACCGGCUAGCGACAAACGUGGAGACAGAUUACUUAUAAGUUAUAUCGACAUUGAAAUAACUGCGUUCCUAGAGAGUGAUCAGUUUUAAACUGUUAAAAUGUCGGUGAUACCAAUAUCAACUCCAGUUCUCCAGUCGUAUAUUGUAUAUUCGGCGAUAUUAGCAUUAAAGUUAAUAUCUGUAUCGACUUUAACAUCGCUAGUGCGGUUAUCACGAGGGAUUUAUGCAAAUCCAGAAGAUGCUAAGGCUUUGACAGGAAAAGUUAAAUUAGAUGAUCCAAUUGUAGAGAGGACUCGGCGCGCUCAUCUCAACGACUUAGAGAAUAUUCCAGCAUUUUGGAUACUUGGAGCUUUGUACGUGACGACUGGACCGGCAGCAGCGUGGGCUAAAUUUCUCUUCAGAGUGUACACAGUGAGCAGAAUUAUACAUACCGUAGUGUAUACGGUGGUACCUCUACCGCAGCCGAUGAGGGCUAUAGCAUACGUAAUCCCUGUUCUUAUAAAGUGGUACAUGGGAAUUCAAAUUGUAUUAUACUAUAUUAGCGCCGUAUCAUAUAUUGUGUAUUCGGCGAUAUUAGCAUUAAAGUUAAUAUCUUUAUCGACUUUAACAUCGCUAGUGCGGAUGUCACGAGGGAUUUAUUCAAAUCCAGAAGAUGCUAAGGCUUUGAAAGGAAAAGUUAAGUUCGAUGAUCCAGCUGUAGAGAGGACUCGGCGCGCUCAUCUCAACGACUUAGAGAAUAUUCCAGCAUUUUGGAUACUUGGAGCAUUGUACGUGACGACUGGACCGGCAGCAGCGUGGGCUACACUUCUCUUCAGAGUGUACACAGUGAGCAGAAUUAUACAUACAAUUGUGUAUGCAGUGGUACCUCUACCGCAGCCGACGAGGGCUAUAGCAUACAUAAUUCCUACUAUUAUCAAGUGGUACAUGGGUAUUCAAGUUGUGUUAUACUAUAUGAGCGCUUUGUAAUUGUAAUUUCGUUCACUGGAGUUUAAUUCCUCUGUUAUUUUUUUAUAAUUCCUGAAUUAUAUAACCUUUAUGCAACAAAA